UGCUGAAGACGAGAAUGUUUAGAGUGGCUUUUUUGAUCUUGAGCAUUUAUGCUCCCUCAGCAGUGAUUGCUACUGCUAGCUGUCCAGAUAAUGAUGAUGGAUGGGCGUUUAUGAGCAGUACUACAUCUCCAUCAUACUUGCGUGAAAGAAACUUUAAUACCGAUCCUCAAGGACGUGACCUUACCCAAUGUGUUUCUUUUGAAACCACACGUGUGGAUGAUAGCAAAAGUGAAAUCGAACAGGACAUCUCCUACUAUAACGUGUCGAGUCGACAAUGGAAAACUUUCCACAAGACCUACAAAGUUGCGCCCUGGGGUACCGGUGAAACGAAGCGGAAUUACUUCGAAUCACCUUCUAGAACUGGCAAACCAUUGACUUACCUUGUGCUCUUUGCUGGCGAAGACUGCAUUGUAGCAAAGCUGCUCUACCGGAGCUCUGGACAGCAUCGUGCCUGCGAGCUCUUGGUGAAAAGGGGAUACUUCAAGAAGUCUGUGUCAUCCCGAUGCUGCGACCACACAUAUAGUACCUCUUGUGAUACAACUAAACAAAUACUGUAUAAACCUAGAAAGUGCUCUACCUUAAAUAAAGCAAAAAAAGGGUGAAAGAAACUGACGAAAAAUGCAAUUAAUGUAGUGAACCAGGAGCUGGAAGCACAGGGCACGUCACGUUAAAUAAAACAAUCUCGAUAUAA